AUGCAGCCUUCUGUGUUCAGGUCCAACCUUCUCGUGGUGCUCAGCCUGUCCGGGCUCUGCCUCAGCUGGACUGUCGGCUUCCCACAGCAGCUCGCGCAGAGCAAGGAAUCCAUCCGUCCUCAGGAGGAGCAGAAGCAGCCGGUGAACACGGUGCACGUCAGCUGCCACCCUGACUCGCUGGAGAUACUCAUCCAGGCCGACCUGUUUGAGGUCGGGGCUGCGGUCAAUGGGGAGGAGCUGCGACUCGGCGUGACCCCAGAUGACCGCUGUGCUGCCGCAGCCUUCUCGGAGCACGAGUACAGGAUCUUUGUUGGUCUGCAGGACUGUGGCACCAAACACUGGAUGACUGAGGACUCUCUGGUCUACACCAACCUCCUCAUCUUCUCUCCUGCCGCCUCUGCUGACGGAGUGGUUCGGAUGGAUGAGGCUGUGAUUCCCAUCGAGUGUCACUACAAAAGGAGGUUCAGUCUGUCCAGUUCCCCCAUCGCGCCAACGUGGAUCCCCUUCUCGUCCAAGAAGGUGGCGCAGGAAUCGCUGGACUUCGACUUGAGGAUCAUGACCAGUGAGUGGAGACUUGAUCGAAGCGCCAACGUCUUCCACCUUGGAGAGCCCAUCGCCAUGGAGGCCUCGGUCAGGGUGGGGCACCACACGGGCCUGAGGGUCUUUGUGAGCAACUGUGUGGCCACGCUGGAUCCGGACCUGAACUCUGAGCCCAAAUAUGCCUUUGUUGAGCAAGGGUGCCUGACCGACUCCCAGUAUCCAGGUUCCCGGUCUCAGUUCAUGGCCAGGACUGAAGACGACAAACUGUAUUUUGUGAUCGAGGCCUUCCAGUUCCACCACAGAGACCAGCCAGAGCUCUACAUCACAUGUCAGCUGACCGCCGUGCCGGUCGCCGACGCCGAGGCGCCGAACAAAGCGUGCACUUAUGUGAACGGAAGGUGGCGGUCGGCCGACGGCAACGACUACUUGUGCAGCUACUGUCAGAGGGACGGGCACCAGACGAGCGUCGGCGCGGCCAAGUUUGGAGCUCGUGGGAUGGGCAAGCCGGCUGCAACGUCCUGGAGAGGACAAGGUUGGUCAGGUCUUUAGUGGGAGCAGGAGGCUCAGGUCGGCCCGGUGCUGGUGCUGCCACCGACGCACAGAAGCCUGCCCCUGCCUGGUGAGGAGAACCGAGCCAUUCUUCAUAAGCUCCUCCGGCCGGUCCAGUACGGCAGCCAGUGGAAGAGCGGGCUGAACCAAAAGGUUCUGGAAAAGAUUCCGGUCCCUGAGGAGGAUCUGGAGGAUGUUGGAGCUGAGAAGACGAAGCCGAUGGACGGAGAUGCUGAGGACAGGAACGCCACCCUGACUGAGGUCGUGACCCCUAAGCCUGAGACCAACGUGACCUCGCUGAAUGUGACCACACUCAAGUGUGGCCCCAGACGCCUGCUGCCCUGCAUUUCUCCUCUCAGCAUCAGUUACUUGAGCGCUAUGUUAUGGUCAGGUGCCUCGGCCCUGCCCCUCCUGGGGCUCCUCUGUGCAGCCCAGGCCAUCCGCCUUCUGCAAAACGGGCCCAUGAUCGACCCAGAAGGGCGGGAAUACAAGACGGCGCCAGUGGACCAUGAAGAUCUGGGUCGGAGGUCGCCUGUGAAUCUGAGGUGCACGUCCAGUUCCAUGAUCAUUCUGGUGAACUCCGACCUCAACAAAAAUGGCCGCCUCAUGCAACCAGGGGAGUUGUUUUUGGGUGAGGACGGCGGGCCCGUGGACAGUGGCUGUCGGGCUGUGCCGGCGGGCGCCGCCCAGCUCCUCAUCGAGGUGCGACUGCAGGACUGCGGCUCCACGCUGACGAUUUCAGACGACCUGGUGAUCUACUCCAACAAGCUGACCUUCUCACCGACUCCCAGCAGCCAUGGGAUCACCAGGCUGCCGCGCUUCACUCUCCCCGUCUCCUGCUACUACAAACGCACACACUUUGUGAGCAGCAGCACCGUAGAGGAGCAGAUCCCCCCACCGCCACCGACGCCCGGUGAGUCCGGAACCUUCCAGCUUCCAUCUUCUGGCUCAUGUCUCUGCUUCCUGCCAGACGACUGGACUGAGGAGCUUCAGUCCAGAGACUUCCAUCUUGGAGACCUCCUGUACCUGGAGGCCUCCUACGCUGGUGCUGGUCAGAAGCGGCUCUUCAUCGACAGCUGUGUGGCAACUCUGACCCCUGACCCGGCUUCAGAACCCAGCUACCACUUUGUCGACAACCACGGGUGUCUGACUGACGCAAAGCAUCCCGGAUCUCGAGCCCGGUUCUGGUCCAGAGUGGGAUCAGAGUCUCUCCGCUUACAGAUGGAUGUGGUUCUGUUCAACCACGAUCCGCGGAACAGGAUCUUUAUCACAUGCCAGCUGAAGGCCACCGAGCUGAGUCAGAGCAGUGAAGUCGACAAGGCCUGCAACUUCCAGCUCUCCAGGUGGCAGAAUGUGGACCGGAACAACCAGGUGUGUCGCUGCUGCGAAGCUCUGUGUGGAAACGCUGCUCCUCGAUGGAAAGCAGCGGAUGACAACACCGUUCAUGGCACAGUGACUGUGGGACCAUUAACCAUUUUACUGUCGCAAUAAACUUCACAAGUGACCAUGUUUCAUAUUCGG